UCAGAGCAACCCCAUUAGCGUCGCAGCUUCCUCAAUCUGCAUAUUAACCAUCAGAGAUUGUCUCCUCCUCCCUCCCCUCUCUCUCUCUCUAAGAAUAGCCACACAUUCUCUCUCCUCCUCCCCCUUAAAUCCUUACCAGAACCCACAAACCAUAAAGAUACAGGGAAAAAUGUCGUCAGAAUCCGGUGAGCAACGACCGGCGAUACCCCAUGACACGGGAAAAUCUACGCCGGAGGCCGAGCACAUCCCAUGCCCCAGAUGUGACUCCACAAACACCAAGUUCUGCUACUACAACAACUACAGCCUCUCUCAGCCCCGCCACUACUGCAAGUCCUGCCGCCGGUACUGGACUCUCGGUGGGUCCCUCCGCAACGUCCCCGUCGGCGGUGGAACCCGCAAGAGCUCCGCCAAACGCCGCCCCCGUACCACUCCCACCAGCUCUUCAUCUUCCUCCUCUGUAGUACCCAACGACCCAGUACCCGAUGACCCGAUCGCGACCAUACCCGGAAUGGACUCGCCGGGGAGUUUCAACUACACUUGGUUGCCCCAUGUGGAGGGACUUGGGUUAUCGGGUUUGGACGGGCUUGGGCUUGAAUCGGGUGGCCUGGGGGUUUGGGCCACGGAGGAAGUGGGUGAAGGCCAUGGCGGUGGAGGGAGUGGCUUUGGGGCUUCAACUGGCUCAGGCACGUGGCAAAUAGAGAAUGUUGAAGGAGUGCUGGCCGAUGAGAAUUGCUUUGGUUGGCCCGAACUUGCUAUUUCCACACCAGGCAAAGCUCUGGAUUAAUAUACUACUAUUUCAGAUUUUCAGGUUUAAUAUAUAUUAUAUAUAUACUAUAUAUGUUUGUAUUAUUUAGUUUACAAGUUGUCUUUUGAGUUUAAUUUUCGGGAAUGGGCUUGUUGUUUAAGAAGUGAAGCUGUGGGCAAGCUGUGUCUUUGUCUUAGAUUUGAUACUAAUUAAAAUGUUACCAUGAUAUAUUAUGUGUGACCAAAAAAAAAAUGUAGUUAAUUAGAUUUAUUUUCAUUAUAUACACUAAAU